UAUAACAUUUUAGGAAGCAGAUCACCGCCAAAUAUGAACGUCUAAUUCCCGCGCUUGCACUUCCAUGUUUGCCAUUCUCCCUUUUAUCAAUGGAGACGCUGGUUUGCGGCAGCUUUCCCGGUGUUUCGCCGGCGUACACUGAUCAAAAUCCAAAGGAACUGGCUUCAAAACCGUCGGAGACAAGACCCCAUUUUUCCCAUUUUGCCCUGUUCCCCAAGAACCUCUCCUGUAACCUAAAACCUUUGAAUUGGGAUUUUGUUCAUCUCUCUCCCCUUUUUUUCUAAGACCCAUUUAACAACUGGAACCGGAGAUCCUAGGUCCAAUCUAUCGACAUAUAUUAACUGGCCUAAUUGCAUUUUAUUGCAAAGAACAAAGUCAUCUUGCUCAGAGUAAAGACUGACAUAGAUUGAGUGCGAAGAAUUAGAGAUUUUAAUGUAGAAUCUGUGUUUGGGCGUUAGAUUUUCUCAUAAGAUCAGCUGGGACUAUAUCAGUCACCUGCAGAAGCGAGUUCAUGCUCAGUCGUGGGUUUCGCCCCUUUAUUCAUCCCAUUGAGAAGCUUCAGUAGAAUUCCAGGUGCCAUGGCGCCAUGUCCUUUGUGGGGCUUCAAAUUGUUACAUGUCAUUUCCACCCGACAUUUCAGAUGCAAAAGUCAUAAUCCAUUUGGGAUGUUGAUAAAAUUUCUUGGUUUUGUUUAAUUGUCCAAAAUUAAAAAGGUCUAGACGAAGGAUUUUGAUGUUGCUUUAUAAUAUUAUUAAUUUUCAUUGUUGAAUUUAGGAUUAUGCCCCUUUAAAUGAAAAGAUAGAGCGCAGUCCAUGAAAAACACAGAUUCAGGCAUGAUGGAAUUUUUUUUUUCCUUUUUUGGUUUUUCUACAAUUUAUCUGUUUUGUGACAAAAGAAAUAUUCUUGGGACCAUAUAAAAGUAAGAAAGGGUGAAGGAUUUAACAUCAGGUACCCACAUGUGGGAAUUUCCCAAAAAAUUUGUGGGUGAGGAAGGAAUUUUAUUCAGCGGGGAAGAAUUUAACAUUAGCAAAAAAAUUUGUGUUGAAUUGCUCAGCAAACAAACAAAUGGAUGUGAGCACUUCAGCUUUGGUUGAUGGUGUAGCAGAGUGCCUAAAUGAAAUGGAGAUUAGGGAACCUAGCAUUUCUACAAUGCUGAUGAACUUUGAGAGUAACUUUGAUCCUUAUGGUGCAACGAGUACACCGCUUUACCAAACAGCUACAUUUAAGCAGACAUCGGCAUUAGAAUAUGGCCCAUAUGAUUAUACCAGAAGUGGAAAUCCCACCAGAGCUGCUUUGGAAAGCCUCUUGGCAAAGCUAGAUAAAGCAUAUCGAGCAUUUUGCUUCACAAGUGGAAUGGCUGCUUUGGCUGCUGUCACUCAUCUUGUUGGAACUGGUGAGGAAAUUGUUGCUGGGGAUGACCUGUAUGGUGGUUCUGAUAGGUUGCUGUCACAAAUAACCCCAAAAUCUGGAAUUGUGGUCAAACGGGUAAAUACAACUAAUCUAGAUGAGGUUGCAUCUGCAAUUGGCCCCUGGACAAAGCUUGUGUGGCUAGAGAGCCCAACCAACCCCCGUCAGCAAAUUUCUGAUAUUCGUAAAAUUGCAGAAAUGGCUCACACCCAUGGUGCUCUUGUCUUGGUAGAUAAUAGUAUUAUGUCCUCUGUAUUGUCACAGCCAUUGGAACUCGGGGCAGACAUAGUGAUGAACGCAGCUACUAAAUUCAUAGGAGGGCAUAGUGAUGUCAUGGCAGGUGUGCUUGCAGUAAAAGGGGAAAGCUUGGCAAGAGAUUUGUAUUUCCUUCAAAAUUCAGAAGGCUCUGGUUUAGCACCAUUUGACUGUUGGAUGUGUUUACGUGGUAUCAAGACCAUGGCCUUACGUGUUGAGAAACAACAGGACAAUGCACAGAAGAUUGCUGAGUUUCUUGCAUCACAUCCACAAAUAAAGAAAGUUAAUUAUGCUGGUCUUCCUAGUCAUCCUGGACAUGAUUUGCACUAUUCUCAGGCAAAGGGGGCAGGCUCUGUACUUAGCUUUACAACAGGAUCACUGGCACUCUCAAAGCACAUUGUUGAGACUACCAAGUUCUUCAGUAUAACUGUCAGUUUUGGGAGUGUCAAGUCUCUUAUAAGCAUGCCCUGCUUUAUGUCCCAUGCAAGUAUACCAGUGGCAUUGCGAGAGGCCAGAGGUCUCACUGAAGAUCUUGUUCGUAUCUCUGUGGGGAUAGAAGACGUCAAUGAUCUGAUUUCUGAUUUAGACCAUGCACUAAGAACUGGGCCAUUGUAGGCACUUGAGUGUUUGACCCUCUAUUGAAUCUGAAGUUAUCUUUGCUUUAAAUUGAACAAGCAUAGGGCAUGUAAUGGUUUCACAUUUAUUGAAAUGUUUAGGUUAUAAUAAUGCUACUUUUAGCAGCAGUUAUAAUAAUGAAUUCAGAUUUAGUUGGUGGA